GAGAUCCAAUCGGCAAGAAGGUAUCGACAUCAAGCCCUGAACACCUCUACUCAGCAAAUACGUCUCAUCAAACUGCAUUUGCGUAACACAAAUCGGCCAGAGUUCGAUAUGUCAGUCUUUGAAUUGAGCAACGCGCCACCUUUCACCACUCUUUCUUAUAUGUGGGGUCCACCAUCACCACGCUUCGAUAUCACGAUCAGCGGCAAACCUCUCGGAAUCAGAGAAAAUCUGUUUCGGUUCUUUGAAACCUAUGUGAGGAAUACAGAGAACGAUUUCCUAUGGGAAUAUACAGGUCCCCUGUACCUGUGGAUAGACCAGAUCUGUAUCGACCAGUCUAGCGUAAGCGAGCGAAACCACCAAGUCGGAAUGAUGGCAUCAAUUUAUUCUGAGUGCUCUAAGACUAUCAUCUGGCUUGGUAUCAUUCCCAAUAAUCCAGAUGCGCCGCGUAUGAUUAAGAAGAUGGAAAGUUCGUCGGUUCCAGAGGAAAGUGUAAUACAAGCUGUAGCAUCUAUCAUACGACACGAUUAUUUCACUCGCCUGUGGAUCGUACAGGAGGUUAUACUGUCAAAAUGGAAGAGAGUACUAUGCAGCCACCCCUCGGCUGGUGCUGUCUGGGUGGAUUGGGACAAUUUGGCUUACAUAGCCCGCCGGUUCCAGUAUCGCCUCCCUUCGACACCCGCAAAGCAUCUGGUAAAAGACCAUCUUCAAGAAAUUGGAUUGAAUCUCGUACAGGCUGUUCGCUUCUUCAGCCAGGGUCGAUGUCAUGAUCCUCGCGACAAGGUGUAUGGAUUGAUGGGGCUUGUGAGAGAAGAACAGCGACUUACAAUCGACUACGCAAAGCCAUUGGAGGAACUCUUAGCCGACAUG